AUGGAUAGCUAUACCUCUCAGUAAGACAGAUAGGAGCAUACAUUAUUUGCCCGUCAUGCCACAUUUGACCUCCCGGUUCUUCCCUCUAUCCUUCAUCUAUUUCCAUACUUAUUCCAGACUGGAGAAGAAGGUAAAAAUGGUAUGUAUGGUUCAUUUACUCCUUCAAUACUCAAUUGCGAUUUAAUUCAGCAAGAGACAUUUAUAAAUCAGGGAUAAAGGGCAAAAGAUUAAAAAACAUUCUAACCUAGAAUAAUAGAGCAAAAUGAGUUUGGAAAGCAAGACAGUAUAGUAUCGAAUCCAAUAGACUCUACUGAUGAAGAUCUUCAAAGAAAAGAAUUUAAUGAAUCUAGGGCUUAUGUUUAGAUCGUGAGUCACUAGGAAAUUUCUGACAUCAAGCUGAGGUAAGAGAUUCCACCGGGAGUAGAUAUUUAAAUAAUCUAAGGGCAGGACUUUGACGUACAUGAGUUGCGAAUUGAGGAAACAGUUCCUCUCACCAAAAACUUCAGGAUUUUUAAAUAUAAAAAUCCAGCGACUCGCAGAUUCGUGAAAAUUUUAAAAUGUGACUAUGAUGGCUGCGAUAUUAUAUUCAGAAAAUGGCACAAUUUUUUUGAUCAUCUGAGAGUUCACACUGGUGAGCGACCAUUUAUAUGCCACCAUGCAGACUGUCAACAAGCCUUCACAUAGAAAGCUAAUCUUAAUAAACAUAUGGAGAUCCAUAAGAAAAAGAAGAAAUUAGUUUGCUCAAGAUGUAAAAAGCAUUUCAGCUCAAGCUAUCUACUCAGAGUAAUUAUUUUAAUGGUGAUUGAACUAAUUUAAUUAAUAGAUGCAUUUAAAGCCAAGAAAUUGUAUAAUAGAACAGGAUCAAAGAGGCAAGUAAAAUAUAUGUGA